UAGAAAGCGGAACCUUAAUGUGACUCAGGUCUCCAGUCGGAACUUUAUAGUGUAACAUCCAGUCGUUGCUCGGUGUAGCCGGUAAUUGUUUCAUCGGUAACCAAGCAACAAUGUCUUCGGUUGAGUGUUUGAGAGAGUUCGUCAACGAGCGACUAUCUGCUGCUGCUGAAGAAAUAUUCGGAGUUUUUAAAAGAACCGUCGUCGAGUACCAGGAAGAGAUCGACCGGCAGCGCAGAAUGUUGGAUGUUUUUUGGAAACCCGACGUGAAGUUACACAGGAUAAUCCCCGCAGAGCUCCCACAGCCACGUGUGUGUACGGAGGAGGAGGUUCUCGGUGACCAGCAGCUCUGUCUCCAGGAGAGGAACCCCAGUGUGGACCAAGAGGACCCAGAUCCUCCACAGAUUAAAGAGGAACAGGAGGAACUCCGCAGCAGUCAGGAGGGAGAGCAGCUUGAACCGAAGCAGGAGACCUUCAUGUUGACUCCUACUUGUGAGGAAAGAGACCACGGUGAAGACCAACUUCUGGAUUUGUGUACUGACGAAACACAGACUGUGGUACAGGAAACAUCUCUAGGCUACAUUUCAGUUGAAAGCGCCGCUGUAGUUGAACCAAGCAAUGACCACCAGCUUCUCUCUCACAACUCUCAUGAAUCUGAUGGCAAAGAUCAGAAAAGAGUCAAACGUAGUUUAACAUCAAGCAAGGAGCAAACUCCUCCAGGUGAGAAGCCAUUUUCUUGCAAAACAUGUGGAAAAACCUUCGAAUGUAGUAGUCGCUUAAAAGCCCACAUGGAAAUUCACACUAAGGAAAGGCCAUAUUCUUGCAACACCUGUGGGAAAACUUUCACACGGACAUCACAUUUAAAGCGUCACACAAGGAUCCACACUGGAGAAAGGCCGCAUGUAAAAGAUCAGAAAAGAGUCAAACGUAGUUUAACAUCAAGCAAGGAGCAAACUCCUCCAGGUGAGAAGCCAUUUAUUUGCAAAAAAUGUGGGAAAUACUUCAAACAUAAAAAUGGCUUGUUGUCUCACGUGAAAAGAGCUCACAGUGUUGAUCAACCAUAUGUAUGCAACACCUGUGGGAAAAGAUUCAUUCAUGAAUCAGCAUGUAAGAAUCAUAAAAGAGUUCAUAGUGAUGAGAAGGCAUUUUCUUGCAAAACAUGUGGAAAAACAUUCAAAUUUAGUAGUAGCAUAAAACUUCACACGGAAAUUCAUUCUGGUGAAAGGCCAUAUUCCUGCAUCACAUGUGGGAAAACAUUCAAUCACGCAGCAUCUUUGAAGCUUCAUACAAGGGUCCACACUGGGGAGAAGCCAUAUUCCUGCAACACAUGUGGGAAAACAUUCAGAGACAAAUCACAUUUAAAGCUUCAUACAAGGAUCCACACUGGGGAGAAGCCAUAUUCCUGCAACACAUGUGGGAAAACAUUCACUCACGCACCAUCUUUGAAGCUUCAUACAAGGGUCCACACUGGGGAGAAGCCAUAUUCCUGCAACACAUGUGGGAAAACAUUCACUCAGUCAUCACAUUUGAAGUCUCAUACACCGACUCACUCCAAUGAGAAGCCAUAUUCCUGUAAAAUGUGCAAAAGAGAUUUUAGAAGUUCUAACAGCUUAUAUGCCCACAUGAGAAGAAUACACAAGGGUAAAACGUCAUAGAUGCAAAUCCUUUGAGGAACUAUUCUGAUCAUUUUCAGGGUUCCCGCGUGUCCUUAAAAUGUCUUAAAUUAAAAUCCGGCUAAUUAAGGUUUUAAAUUGUCUUAAAUUUCACUUAAAGUUCCUGUAGGUAUUAAUUUUUUUGCCGGUGCGCUUAAUGACGACGAGAAAGCACAGUGGCGCAUCGUAAAACAUCUAAUAGUUGAUUAAUUUAGUAUUGUGCGAAAUGAGUCUCCGCAAUUGAAUAGCUGUUUACGGUACGUCGGCUACAGACGCUGACGUCAGGCUGCGUGUCGCCAUUACGCGGUUGUCUAUCUCAGGUUGAAAAUGCAAAGAAGAUGGAGAAGUGCAAAUUUAACAACAAGUGGAUGCAUUUAGGAGGUGGUUGGUGCCAAUUGAAAACAACAAUGAGGCAAUGUGUAAACUACGCAAAAAGACCUUUUCAUUAGGGACCAUGGGGCUCAAAGCCGUCGAGUCGCACAUGAAAGGAGGAAAGCACCAGCGAUACGUUGCAGCAGCUAGCCAUAGCGGGGCCAGGUUAAUCCCUGCAUUGUUUGCAGCACGACCUAACAGUCGGCUGUAACAAGUUUCAUUUCAACACCAGACACCCAAAAGGCAGAGGUACUGUGGGUUCUCCAUACUGUGACGAGGCACAAUUCAUUUAAAUCUAAUGAUGCAUACGUGGCGUCUUUGCUGCCAUGUUCCCCGAUUCUCAAUGCAUUGUGUUGUUUAGUGUAAUCCAAAUUUAUGUAUGUUAUGUUGGCUCUGUUCUGCAUCACAAAGGAAUCACUUUGAUUGUUUACAUCUAUAUUGGCCAAACAAUGUUGGGAGGGUUAUUGUCAGUUAUUAUACAAAAUGUUUUGAUUUCCAUUGUAGGAGGCAAUAAAUUGCGUAUUCCAAAGAAA